AUGGACAUUCGUCCCGACAUGCCCGAGUGCUGGGGCCACCGUGGCGCGUCGGCAACCUUUCCCGAAAAUACCAUCGCUAGCUUUGAAAAGGCGAUCCUGGAUGGCUCAGAAGGUCUUGAAACUGAUGUUCACAUCACCACCGACGACGUCAUUGUCAUGUUCCACGACCCAUCGCUCGAAAGGACAACCGAUGGAAAGGGCCUCAUUUACGAGCGCGCCUACUAUGGUGACAACGGCAUCGAGCAUCUUCGAACCCUCAAGCAACCCGCACAGCAGAUCCCCACUUUUGUUCAAGUAUGUGAUCUGCUCAUGCGUCCCGAACACAAGCACGUCAAGCUCAAUCUCGACAUCAAGCCCGACAACGACCCAGAUCGUCUCUUUCCGCUCAUGCGCAAGGUGGUUGAAUCGUAUCCCAACUUUGACACCGACCUUGCGCCGCGUCUCAUCCUCGGUCUGUGGCAUCCCAAAUUCCUCGAAUCUGCGCUUAUCAAUGUGCCCUCGAUGAAGCGUAUCCAUAUCGGCGCCUCCCCGCGUGCUGCGCGCAAGUACUUUUGGAAAGAUUGCACCGGCUUCUCCAUGUACUUUGCAUGCCUGGUCGGUGCCGAUGGACAGCAGUUCAUCGCCGACUCGCAAAAGGCCGGCAAGGAUAUCUACGUUUGGACUGUCAACCGUAAAGACGAGAUGAUCGAAGCGACAAGAUGGGGCGUUAAGGCUGUCUUGACCGACAAGACGGCCUUGUUCCAGGACUUGCGCAAGAACAUGACGAAUGACUUUGCUACCACUCGUCAAGACGAAGUGGGCAUCUUUUUCCGUUGGGCCACCUGGAGGUACUACGCCUUGCCGCAAUUUGUAUUGCAAAACAUAUGGCUGGCCAACAUUGAAAAGCGGGCGGGCUCGCCCUUUAGAGAGGUUGCUGCGACAUCUGCUGCUGCUGCUUCUACCGGCGGUAUUGCGCCAGCUUCGUCAAUCCCAGUUUCAACUAUGGGUUCGUCCAACAUUUCGGAAAAGAGCGGCCUCGGCUCAAAUUUCCCUCAGCCGCCCAUUGCUGUCAACGCCGCCGCGUGA